AAUUAUUGAAAGUAUUUAAUAUUUUUGUUAUACAAAAAGAAUUACAUUUAAAAAAGAAACAAUACCGAUGGAAUGGAAGUCGACGAAACGAAAGUCCGGGUGCCUUUAUUAUUCUGGAUACCGAUAUUGUUUUGUGGAGCAUUGUUGUUUUUCGCAGAUGUCUUCGAACAUCAAUUCACCAUUAGAUUUACUAAAUCAUUAUUUAGAAGUGCUUCCUAUGAAGAUCAUUCCUUAGUUGGUUUUACUAUUAACACCCCGGGUUGCAAAAUACCCCACAUGGACCCAUUUGAUAAACACGUCACAACAUUUAUCGAAAAUCUUUCGAAGCCAAAGUGUAACAAUGGAAAGCCUCCACUUUUUGCAUCAAAUUUAACAUCUGUUUUUUUGUUAACGUCUUCUUUGGCAAAUUAUAACAUUACUGAUACAGGUGAUUUGAAAUGCUGUUACGAAACUUUUUGGCGAACAGAACCUAAAAAGGGUCAAUCUGAUAACAAAAUUAAAUACAGUUCUACCUGUUACGGCUUCCAGAACAUCACAAAUAUUACAGAAGAAUUUAUAAAAGUAACUUGUAUAUACGACAAUACUACAAUAUAUAAAGAUACGUUUUCAUUUGUACCUUUAAAAAACACAACCAAGAUUGAAGCUGAUUCUAAAAGAUUAAAUGUCCUCUUAGUAGGUUUAGAUGCUGUAUCUAGGUUAAACUUACAUCGGCAAAUGCUUAAGACUGUAAAAUAUUUACAAGAACAUGAGGCUGUAGAAUUACUAGGAUACAAUAAAGUAGGUGACAAUACUUUUCCCAAUUUAAUGCCUGUUUUAACAGGUUUAUCCGAAGAAGAACUCAAAAAUAAUUGUUGGCCAAGUUCCUCGCACUAUUUUGAUAAUUGUUCGUUUAUAUGGAAUUUGUAUAAGCAGAAAGGAUAUCUCACUGUUUAUGGGGAAGAUUCAUCUUGGAUGGGCCUAUUUAACUACCAAAGAAAGGGUUUCCAGAAACAGACCACAGAUUACGCUUAUAAUUAUUUCAAUAGAUUAAGUGAAGAUUUAAUCGGCAACUCCCAUGUGAUGAACGUAUUUCAAUGUGAGGGGGGUAGACUGGUUUAUAAAGAUUUAUUAGAUUAUAUUUCAAAGUUUGUAAUAACGAUGGAUGAAAAUAGCUUACCCUAUUUUGGGUUCUUCUGGGGAGCAAGUUUAUCUCACGAUAAUCUUAAUAUGCCUAAAGUCGGCGACCAAGAUUAUUAUAUAUUUUUUAAAAAACUUUUAGAAGAAAAACGUUUAGAUAAUACAGUUUUAAUUUUUAUGAGUGAUCAUGGAAUUAGAUGGGGCGACAUCAGACAAACUUUUCAGGGCAGAAUGGAGGAAAGAUUACCAUUCGUAUUUUUAUUACUGCCGAAAUAUUUUCAACACAAGUAUAACACAGCCUAUCAGAACUUAAAAUUAAAUACCAGGAGAUUGACCACUCCGUAUGACUUGCAUGAAACUUUAAUCGAUUUAGCUAAUCCUGAAUUGCUAGUGGAAGAGAAUUUAAAAAACACGAAUGACUCGACUAGAGGUAUCAGUUUUUUCAGAAAAAUUAGCAAGAAUAGGACUUGCGAAGAUGCUUCAAUUGCAAGUCAUUGGUGUACUUGUCAACAAAGUCAAGAAGUGAACAUUACCAGUAAAGUUCUCGAUGCCGCACAUUCUGCAAUAAACAAUAUAAAUGUUCAACUCAGUGGAUAUGCCCAGUGUGCAGAACUUUCCUUAGAAGAAGUACUAAAUGCGAGAUUAAUGCGGCCUCAAAUUCCUGGAUCAAAUAAGAUUUCAGAUUAUAUGUUGACAUUGAGCACAUUACCAAGUAAAGCUAUUUUUGAGGUAACUAUGCGAACGACUGACAAAAAUAACAGUUUCGAAGUGAUAGGUACUAUUAGUAGGUUAAAUCUGUAUGGAAAGCAGAGUUUGUGUAUUACAGAUUUUCAUUUAAAGUUAUACUGUUUUUGUAAAAGUCUACUGUGAUAGGUAAAUUGACAAAGUUUACAUUGAUUUCUUUAUAUGGUACCAAAGGUAUCGUUUAACAGGACCUAAUGAAAGCCUUUGUAGUUUAAGAAGGAAUUGAUUCAUUUUUUACUGGGUAAAAGGAAAACUUAAAAUAUCUUCUUAAUAAAAAAAAUAUUAAAUAUCAAAUUGAACGUGAUAAAAUUGUUGGAUUUAGAUGUUGCUUCGUGUUAAUUUCCACGCAACAAGAGCAUAUUUGAUACAGAAAAUAUGGUGACUAUGAAAAACCCAAGUUGUGCAAUUAAUAUAAAUAUUAUAUUAUAACUAGCGGGAAAGUGUCAUGUCAUUAGCUUCUUCCAUUUUAAAAUCGUGUAAUUAAAAUAUUAGAGGCUUAUUCAAGGAACCCAACGUUUUGAAGAAAUCAGUUUAAUAGGUCCAUUAAAAUUGAUAUUUUAAAAAAAAACUUAAAAAAAAUAUAUUGUUUUUAUAAUAUUUACAACUAUAAAAUUAUAGAAAAUAUGAAAAAGAUUUUGCAGACGAUAAUUUGAAUGUAGUAAAUUGGGUUCUUGAGAUUGCCCCUAUAUUAAAAUGAAAAUAAAAUUUGCCUGACAAGAAAAAUAAAAUUUUAC